AUCUGCCACUACUACAUGUACUAAUACUGUCUGAUCAAAAUGUUCGAAAAAAUAACCAAGAUGGAUUGUUCAACCGGAGAUAACUGUUAUAAAGUUCUCAAAACUCCAGACUUUAUAAAAAGUUUGUUCGAAGAAGAUUCAGGACUUGGUAUGGACUUUGCUGACUUUGACGACUCACCAACACUUAGUUUUCUCAAACCAGAUUUGUGCUCAAAGAGAAAGAGAGUCGAUAAAUUAGACACUUAUAUCGACUGUAACACCCCUGUAUCUUACAGUAAGAGAAAGGUCAUCAGAUCCCAAAAACUUUUAUUGAAAAAAUCUUUGUCGUUUGAGGCACAAGUUCUCAGUACGUGUAAAGACUCGUCUGCUGACGACAUCAAGCGCCACGCCAUCAAAACAGAAGACGUCUUAGUUCAAUCUGCCGUACUGACUGGAGAUGGAAAAAAAGAAUGUUGCUUACAAACUGUUCAGGGACAAUAUCAUGACAUAAGAUACAUAACUCCAGCCACCAUCAAUGAUGUUUUAAACGGAAAAUACAACGAUACAAUUGGAAGCUUUCGUAUAAUUGAUAGUAGAUAUUCCUAUGAGUUUGAAGGUGGUCACAUACCAGGCGCUGAAAAUAUACAUAAUAAAGAUGAUAUUUUAGAACUGUUAAAACAUCCUAAUACUUCCCGUUCAGAUGGAAAGCGUGAUAUAAUUAUUUUCCAUUGUGAGUUUUCUUCCGAGAGAGGACCAAAAAUGUGCCGGUUUCUUCGUAAUAAUGACAGGGAACUUAACGCUGAAAAUUAUCCUUCCUUGCAUUUUCCUGAACUUUACAUUCUAAAGGGAGGAUACAAAGAGUUUUAUGAAAGUUAUAAGACAUUAUGUACUCCAAUGGAUUACGUUCCAAUGUUAAGCAAAGAUCAUAAAGACGACUUGCGUCAUUUCCGGUCCAAAUCCAAAUCAUGGUAUGCUGGCCAAAAUCGAGUUAGAUCAUCAUCCGGUCGUCUGUUUUAUUGAUAUACAAUACAAAGUGCUAAAUCUGUAUUUAUUUGUACAAAUUGCAUAUACAUGUAACAUUAAAUUAUAUCAUAUUUUAUUA